AUGCGAGGGCGGCCGAAUGGGCCGGGAACCUCGGGCCCAGGCGGCGGCGCGCGCUCGGGAGGCGGGCGGCCGGCGGCAGCGAACGCGGCGCGGGAGCGCAGCCGCGUGCAGACUCUGCGGCACGCCUUCCUGGAGCUGCAGCGCACGCUGCCGUCGGUGCCGCCGGACACAAAGCUGUCCAAGCUGGACGUGCUGCUGCUGGCUACCACCUAUAUUGCGCACCUCACCCGUAGCCUGCAGGACGACGCCGAGGCGCCGGCGGACCCAGGACUGGGCGCCCUUCGCGGAGAUGGUUACCUACACCCGGUCAAGAAAUGGCCCAUGCGAUCAAGAUUGUACAUUGGUGCUACUGGUCAGUUUCUGAAACAUCCUGUCUCCGGAGAAAAAACAAAUCAUGACAAUAUUCCAACAGACUCUCAGCCUUAGGCUCUCCCCUGAUGGGGGCUGGUAGAAAGUGAUAUUGUUGUUUUUAAAUGAUAUGAAAUAACUAUAUUUAUUACAUCAGGUAUAACAAGCAUUAUUUCUGAAAGUUUUCACGUGAAUCCAUAGUUGGAUAUUCUGAUUUAUCUAUCUAAGUAAAUGUGGAAUGAAAUCUUCAGUCAAAUGUAAAAAUACACAGCUUGUCUAUUCAGUGUGACAGAGUCACUACUAUAAAUUGCAGGAGAAACUAAUGGGAAAAAGAAAAAAAACCCAUAGGAAAGCAAAGAAUUGUGUAUAUAGCCAAAGAAUACAUGUGUUUUCUGUAGUAUCUAUCACAAGCUCAUUUAUACAAUCUUCCUGGUUUAAAAAAAGUAAAAACUGGCUUUGUAAAACACCAGUAUUUCAUUUUUGUGAAAACCAAUCUGUGCUUAAAAUUGGUCUAAGAAGCCAUUCCAGCUGGAAGGUGCUAGAUCAUUUACUCAGUUUUAGCUGAAUACAUGUGGAGACUAUUGAGCUAUAUGGUGAUGCAGUAACUUCUAUAACUGUUUUUCCCUCUUAGAAAAAUUGUUUGGAAUAAUAGAAAUGGUUUGCUUCCUAGGACAAGUCUUGGCCACCUUCUUAGAGGAUUAUUAAAUAUCUUACUAUGUUUCCAAAUUAUGGAAGGCACUGAGCCUCCCUGCAACCCUGUGUGAACAGCAGAUGGUUGUCACUGGGUAGCAGGGUUUGCCACCCUCCCUGCACCCCAGUCACUCCAUACCCACCCCACUCUCAGGUCCUGGACUAGAUAAACAGGUUUAGCUGUAGCCCCUAGAGAGAGUGGCACGUUCAGGCCUGUUGGGUCCUUGACCUUCACAGUCACAACCUUAGCCAGGUUCUUUCUCCCCUUGUCAGCUACUGUUCACAGUGAACCUACUUGACCCUUAUGGAAUAGAAGUCCUUUCUGACUUGGGACUUCUGGGGCUGAUCUGUACCUUGAAGAGGUCUAAGGACACAGAGUGAGCAUCCUGAGAUACAGGAUGCUCCGAUUUGGACCCACAAGCAGGAAAAGCCCUCUGCUCUGGGUCUCUCCCACUGCCCCGCACACGAAGUACCCAGGGAGCAGCUCUUUUGCCUGACUGAACCAGUGGUUUCAGUUCUGGCAGGAGCUUGGUGAUCCUAGCUGAGAAGUGGAGAUAUUUAUCAGGGAACACAUCGA